AAUCCAUCCCAAAGCUGAGAAUCGCAUGACCUGCCCCUUCAAACCCCGAAACACAUCUGCACCACACCUCUGCUUCUCCAUUCUUCUCCGCCCAUCCUCAUUCGCCCGCCAUGGCCAAGUUCAAGAUUUCACCGGCCUUAUGGGACAAGAUAUAUCACUUUGCGUCAUUCCCCCAGGCUGGUGUGUCCCUCCAACAAAUGAUCCUCUUUGGCCAAAAUCCCUCGCAAGGGACGCUCCUCAAAGCCUCCCAAUUCCUCUCCGAAGAACUACCCAUCCGCCUAUCACAUCGUGUCGUGGAGCUUGAAGGUCUGCCGGACGGUCUCAACCAUGUGCCGAGUAUCAACACUGUGAAGGAGUGGUAUGCGCAGAGUUUCGAGGAACUCAUCUCCUUCCCAAGACCCAAACUGAAUGGCGAGCUCGAAGAAAUACUAAGAAUACCCCCUGCCCCAAUGUCAAACUUUCCCCCUGCCACCCCCAACCCCUCUCUCGACCCUCUCAUGCGCGAAGGACCAGUAGGAUCAGGAUUCGUAUCAGAAAAGCAUCUGGGGACGGGCGGACUUGGGAAACGGCUGAGAAUACCGAUCGAAAGAAGAUACUUUUCACCCCCUCCAACCACCAUCAUAUACCCCCCCGAAGUCCACGAAUACAAUGAAAAGUUUACACAUCUCCUGCAAGACAUCAAGCAUCGCCACGACCCGACGGUCACGACUGUCGCGCAAGGAGUUUUGGAGUGGAAGAGGCUGAAGAGGGCGAACGCUAUUGGGACGCCUAUACAGGAGUUUUUGGAUAGAUUCUACAUGAGCAGGAUUGGAAUCCGGUUCUUGCUUGGUCAACAUAUCGCUCUCAAUACGCUACCUCCCCAUCCAGACUACGUCGGCAUCAUCUGUACAAAAGCCAAUGUGCAUGACAUCUGCCAAGAAGCGAUCGACAACGCCCGCUACGUCUGCGAAGAACACUACUCCCUCUUCAAAUCCCCCUCCAUCCAACUCGUCUGCCCCCCUUCCCUCACAUUUCCCUACAUCCCCGGCCACCUCUCCCACAUCUGCUUCGAACUCCUCAAAAACUCUCUUCGCGCUAUCGUCGAGAGAUUCGGGAGGGACAAUGAUGAGUUGUACCCCCCGAUCAAGGUGGUGGUGGUGGAGGGGAGGGAGGAUAUUACAAUCAAGAUUUCGGAUGAGGGUGGGGGAAUACCGAGGAGUGCGCUGCCGCAGAUCUGGACGUAUCUCUAUACGACAAUGAGCGACGAAGGGCUAGAAGAUCACUUGCAAAUGUCAGAAUUCAAGGCGCCCAUGGCUGGCUUCGGAUACGGACUCCCCUUGUCAAGACUUUACGCUCGAUUCUUUGGAGGUGAUCUGAGGAUUGUGUCGAUGGAUGGUUAUGGCACGGACGUUUACAUCUCGCUCAACAAAUUGUCUUCGAGUCGCGAACCCCUCCAAUGAUCCCCCUCCCUCUCUCCCCUCCCCCUUCCCUUGCCUCCCUCGCAUAUCACAAAUGUCUAUCACCAAUAUAUCAUAUCUCAUCUCAUGUCGAGCACCCGAGUGGCGCUGUGGCGCCGGAAAGGAAAGAGGAAAGUUGUAGAUGCUCUUUUGCAUUACUAGAGCGUGCUUGAGUCAUUUUUGAGCUGUUUCCAUUACAUGUAGCCUCAUAUAACGUCAUGACAUACAUGACAUGCAGCUGGCGGGCGACAAGAUGGGGGUAGUUGAACUACUUGUACAGUUCGAUACUCCUCGUACAUUCCACUACUUUUACAAAACGUUUCUACUCGUACAAUUCACUACUCGU